AUGAAAGCUGAUUUCACUUGCAUAAUCAGAUGCAGUGGAGUUGAAAGUAGAAGAUGCAUGGUAACUUUUACACAUAGUCUUUUUCCCUUGUGGCUUUACAAUCCUUUUUGAAUGUUUCUGCUGUGUAUUUGUUUUCAAUCACUUCAUUUCUGCCCUGCUCUGCUUAAGGCUGUAAAAACAAUGAAGAAAGGGGACAUGAACAUGGCUCAAGACUCAAGAGAAGAUCAACGCUGCUGGAAAAAAAAAAGAAGGAAGUGGGUAAUGUGUUCUUUAAAGCCGGUAAAUAAUAUGAGAAGGUAAUUAGACUCUGGUUGACUAGUCAUAAGUCAAGAACUAAUUAAGUUGUACUAAUGCAAAACUAGUGUAUGACUAAAUCUAGUUUCUAUUUUUGACCUUUCCAGGCUGCUAAUUAAGUUCAUUGAGUAUGUCACUAAUUUUGAAGAAGAAGAAAAGCAUUGAAGGUUACCUGUAACCUUCAUAAUGCAGCUUGCCGUUGACAGUUUGUUGUUUCUAAAUUUAUAUGCUGUUUAAAAGUUGUUAAUAAGUGGUGGGAAACCAUGAUUGAGACAGGUGUGGGAACUUGACACUAAGUAUUUAACUAAUGCUUUGAUUGGGUAGUGGCAGUAUGAUAUCCAUGAAUAUUGCUUUUGAUCAUGGACCCCACCUUCUCAAUUACAUCACAUUUACUAACUAGUUUGGGCUUGGGUCCCACACCCCGUUUGGGCGUUGACUUUGAUGGGGAGGAAGAAGCAACCUGACCAACUUCAAACAACCCAUGGUUGACUUGGGCCUAUUUCCUUCUUUAUGUUCUUGACCUUCCUUACUAUGGUAAGUAGGUGAAGUCAUUAUUUGGGCCUUUUUAAAUUCACCAUUCUAGUUAAUUAUGAUAUACUUUGUUCGUGCCAUGGAAAUUUGUAAUAAGUUUUAUUGUUUAAUUUCUGUAAAAACAAACAAAUUUAUAAUCACUUGUUUUGGUGUGACAUGCCAUAUAUAUUUUCGUUCAAAAUUGACAUUCAACUAUUAUAUCACAUAAUCAUCACAAGGUGAUACUUGGCGAAUUAGUUAUCCGGAUGUCUUAAUGUCAUGAAGGUCAACUGUGUAUAUCAAAACAAGCACUACCCUAUUUGUGGCCAACUUGUGUCCCUUAAUCCUUUUCAUCCAAUUAGAUCAUAUGCCCAACUUAACCUUAUUAUAUGGAUAUACUCUUUAUGCUUAGGACGCAAACAAUAUAAAAGCUACAUCCCAAGAAACUGUUUUAUGAAAUGCCUCAAGAAGAUUAUAACUCCUAAUGUUCUUGUUUUACUGGUGUUGAUCGAGGUUAGUGGCCAGUUUAGAGAUGCGAAGCAACUGUUCUAUGAAAUGCCUGGUAAAGAUUAUGACAAGAUAGAGAGUUUUUUUGGUUUGAUUUAGGUUUUAUCAAGUUUUAUUUGUUGUAACGAGCUAACAAAGACAAUAAUUCUACUAUGAUACUUGGAAUCGCAGUUUUUAUAACAAGCUAACAAAGACAAUGGUGCUGCUAUAUAUGAACUUGUACUCAUGCAUUAAGGAUUGUACAAAUAUUGCUCAUGAUUUGAGUAAGAUUUCUUCUUUGUGCCUAUGAAUUUGUUGGCUCAAGAGAAGAUUUCUCAUUUUGGCCAGGCCACUACAGUCCCCUGAAUUCUCUUAUUUUCAUCAUGCACUGAUCUUUGCUGUCAAGAAAGUGUCUAAAUUACUAUUGUAAAGUUUCACUUAUUUUUAGUAAUAUAUAUAGUUUUUAAUUAUAUGGAAAAGAAAAUUAUUUCUACCAGAUAUUGACCAUCUAAUUUGCAGGUUCCCAUUGAUGCUGAUAGGUCUGACCAAAUCAGUAGACUUUUGUUCCUAUUCAACGGUUCAGACUAAGGAACACUGACCAGGUUUUAAUUUAAUCAAUGUCAAUAUUUUCAUGGCUGCCUAACUCAAACUUAAAAGUCAAAUAAUGAGCUCUCAUAUAUUACUUAUGUUUGUUCAUGUUCUUGUUUAAGUUGACAGGACACCAUUUUCUUUGUUUCCCCACCUACCUACUAAAAACGCUACUGUGUCAUCUUGAUAUUACUAAAAACUUGCCAAUUAAUGAUGAAUUGCAGGUUAUUUCCAUUUCUGACAUUGAUGUUGCUUAGCUUUCAAAGCCUUUUAGCAGCACAUGAAGAUCCAACUUAUAAGGAAGUACAAGUGGGAGUGAUUCUUGACAUGGAAUCGGGGGUAGGGAAGGUCAUUUAUCGUUGCAUCAGCAUGGCUAUUUCUGACUUUUACACAGCCAAUCCUCACUACACAACAAGAAUAGCUUUUACAACCAGGGAUACAAAAGGAGAACCACUGCGUGCCUUGUCUGCUGCUCUGGAUCUUUUGGAGAACACUAAAGUGCAAGCGAUAAUAUAUCCCAAAUCAACAGUUCUGGAAUACAAAGCUAACAUACCGAUUCUUUCCUUGUCAACAAGUCCCUUUUCAAAUAGGAAUCCUAAUCUUCUUGGAAUCGCACAAGAUGAAAACAGUCAGUUCAAAGGCAUUGCUGCCAUGGUUGAAUUGUUUAAAGCAAAUAAUGUGAUUGUUAUCUGCGAGGACACUGCAAAUGGGAGAGAAAUGGCUACUUAUAUGGCUAGAGAGUUUCAAGAGAAAAACAUACACGUUACGUAUACUAGCCUAAUUUCAACAUCUGACAGCAACCAACAAGUCCGGGAAGAGCUUCAUAAGCUUCAAACUAUGCAAGACACGGUGUUUAUAGUGCAUACACCACCUUCUCUAGCAUCCAAUCUUUUCUCCAUGGCAAAAGAGCUGGGAAUGAUGGGUGAAGGAUACAUGUGGAUUGUAACAAGUAAGACUAUGGACUUGUUGGGUUCCAUGGAUGCUGAAGCAAUCGAAUCAAUGCAGGGGGCUGUGGGUUUCAGAUCAUAUUUUCCAUCAUCAAAGGAGCUUCACAACUUUUUAUUGAAAUGGAGAAAGGAACAUUAUGCUUUGAACCCAUUUAUGGAGGUAGAUUCCAAUGGUAUAUGGGCAUAUGAUGCAGUUUAUGCACUAGCCAUGGCUAUUGAGAGGAAACAAACUAGAGAAUAUGCUUCGAAAGACUUGGGUAGCAAUAUUGACACAUCACUACUUUUAGACGAGAUGUUAAGAGUCAGGUUCCAUGGUUUAGGUGGUGAAUUCAAGCUUAUGAAUGGGAGGAUCAUCACCAAAGUCAUGGAAGUGGUGAAUGUGGUUGGUAAGGGUGAUAGGAGGGUUGGGUUCUGGAUGAUGGCUACUGGUGGCGGGUUUAUGAAAGAAAUAAAGAAACCAAAUUCCCCUUCGAAUCAAGGCCUUGAAAUUAUCAUCUGGCCAGGUGGGACUACAAGCAUUAAUCCAAAGCGUAGGAAGCUACAAACAAAUGGUAAUAAGAAGCUGAGAAUUCUGUUUCCAGGUUCCAGCAGAUUCCAGAAUUUAGCACAAAUAAGUGUUGAUCCAAGAACAAAUCUAUCGGUUUUGAGCGGCUUCUGUGGGGAUGUCUUCAAUGCUGCGUUUAACUCCUUAGGCUAUGGAGUUGGCAUUGAGGUUGUUCCAUUCUCUUAUAAGGAUGGAAUUACUUACAAUGAUGUGAUCAAAAAAAUCUAUCUUAAGGAAUAUGAUGCUGCUAUCGGGGAUUUUACAAUCACAUCAAAUAGAUCUCUCUAUGUCGACUUCACGUUGCCCUUCACUGAUCUUGGAGUUGGCAUAAUAGCCCGAAAUGCCAAGGACAGCAUGUGGAUAUUCUUAGAUCCUCUCAGUGCAAAUCUUUGGAUCACAACUUCUUGUUUCUUUAUCUUUUUAGGGUUUGUGAUCUGGUUUAUCGAACAUCGUACAAACGAAGAAUUUCAAGGUUCAGCACCACAGCAAUUGGGAACAACCCUCUGGUUUGCCUUUUCAACCCUCGUUUAUGCUCACAGGGAGAAGCUGCAAAGUAAUCUAUCAAGAUUCGUGGUUACUGUUUGGGUAUUUGUAGUGCUUGUUCUCACGUCAAGUUACACUGCAACUUUGAGUUCAGUUUUAACUGUACAACAGAUUGGAAUGAAGGAGAUCUCCACCGGAUUCUUCCAUGGUCUUUCCCCUUUAGGUGUUGUCAAUAACAAAUUGAAUGCUGUUGAGGCCUGGUCAGAGAAACUAUAUGCACCUGAGGACUAUGCUAAAGCACUAACAAGUGGAAAAGUUGAAGCAAUCGUUGCUGAGAUCCUUUACAUCAAAUCAUUUCUUGCAAUGUUUUCGGGUUCUGAUUUCUCCUUGAUUGCAACAGCACCUACCACCAACGGUUUUGGCUUUGUGUUCCAGAAAGGUUCACCUUUGGCCACAGAGAUGUCGACUCAUAUAGCGAAAAUGCGUGAAGACGGGACACUGAAAGCAUUAGAGGAUAAAUGGUUGAAACAUAAAUCUGCAGUGAUGUCAAAGGAAUUUUCUUCCCCGUCACCAAAAAUCUUGAAUCUUUAUGGGCUUCGAGGUCUCUUUAUUAUCAGUGGUGUGUCCAUGGCAUUGGCCCUUUCGGUGUCCAUGAUUGAACUUGUUUGUGAAAAAUGGCACAUCAAAGAUAAGAUUAAGAUGUUGAGGUGCGUCUUACAUAGAUCUUCAGAAAUACAUGCACAUGAUAGUGAUGUGGAAUCAACGGUUUGAAUUUUCUGUAAAGUUAAUUAAAUAUGAGCCACUAUACUUAACAUCUUGUUUCUAGUUAAUUAAAUAUGAGCAACUAUACUUUA